UUUGACCUAUUUGCUUCCGAUCUAUUUCAUCCCAUUUCCCUUGGAUGGAGCUCGACGAAACCCUAUUUCGUUACCUUGAUCUCUGAGCUCCAUGACGGUGUAGCCAUCUUCCGCAGAUCGGUUGCCUUCCAUGAAGGUGGUUUCUUAGAUUUGCGUGCUUGCGAUGGCAUUGUCUCCUGCGGUGCUCGGCUUACCGGUCCAAUGGCGGAGCUGUCUACACCCUGCUGAGAGAAGGAGGGUCUUGGCUAUUUUCGGCGCCUCCUAUCUUGGGGAAAGAAGGCUCCACCGGGACUCAACUCCAGAGACCAAGUCGCUUCCCAGCCGGAUGGAGGUCGCUGGACAGGGGAAGAUGAAGAUUCUUGAGACGCCGAACGUAGGCAAUGGGAAAGUCCGAGAUGGGGUAGACAUUCCUGUGACUUGCUUUCAGCUUCUAGGUGUUACGGUGAAAGCUGAAAAGGAUGAGAUUGUUAAAGCAGUAAUGGAGUUGAAGAGUUCAGCAAUUGAGGACGGCUAUACAACUGACAUAGUUGUUUCUCGACAGGAGCUCUUGAUGGAUAUUAGGGAUAAACUUCUAUUUGAACCUGAAUAUGCUGGAGAUGUCAAAGAAAAAGUUCCUCCAAAAUCUUUUCUUCGAAUUCCUUGGUGUUGGUUGCCUGGGGCUCUAUGCCUUUUACAAGAGGUAGGAGAAGAAAAGCUGGUUUUGGAAAUUGGCCAAGCAGCUUUGAAACUUCCUAAUGCAAAGGCAUACAACCAUGAUUUGAUUUUCUCGAUGGCUUUAGCUGAAUGUUCAAUUGCCAAGGUUUGUUUUGAAAAAACAAAGAUUUCUGAAGGUUUUGAAGCACUUGCACGUGCUCAGUAUCUAUUAAGGAGUAGCAUCUCUUUGCAUAAAAUACCAUUAUUAUCACAGAUUGAAGAAUCCUUAGAGGACCUUGCGCCUGCUUGCACAUUGGAGCUUUUGAGUUUGCCACAUUCUCCUGAGAGUACUGAGCGUAGGCAUGGAGCAUUAGCUGCAUUGCAAGAAUUGGUUAGACAGGGUCUGGAUGUUGAACCUUCCUGUAGAGUUCAAGAUUGGCCAUGUUUCUUAAGUCAGGCUAUGAAUAAGUUAAUAGCACUUGAAAUAGUAGAUUUGCUUUCUUGGGAUACUUUGGCUGUUAUUCGCAAGAACAAAAAAUCAAUCGAGUCUCAGAGUCAAAAAGUAAUAAUUGAUUUCGGAUGUUUUUAUUUGGCCAUGAUGGCUCAUAUUGCUCUUGGGUUCUCAACAAGAAAUACUGAGAUGAUCACUAGAGCAAAAAACAUAUGCGAGUGUUUAAUUGCAUCAGAGGGAGCAACAGACUUGAAGUUUGAGGAAGCUUUUUGUUCGUUUCUUCUUGGCCAGCAUGGGAGGAUGGAGGCUAUUGAAAAGCUUAACCAACUUUUAGUUAUUAGAAGUUCUACCACACAGAAUUCGCUGUCGAGUAUGAGCGUAAUGGAGAAGAACAAGGACACGGGCUCUCUCAAUCAAGCAUUGGAAAAUUGGUUGAAGGACGAAGUUCUUUGUCUCUUUCCAGAUACACGAGAUUGCUCCCCUUCUUUGACCAACUUCUUUGGGAGGCCAAAGCGAAUUCUUAUCACCGGCAAUCAGCAAAUAGCUAAGAAAGCACUUGCUUCUACCAUCCAAUCUGUAUCAUCGUUUGAUCUUUUACCUGAGCAUGGAGCUUCUUGCGGACAAGCCUUGCAUGUUAGUUCAACGAACCAUCUGGGUGAAGCUGUCAAGCAACUUGCACCGGUUAACUUGCAGAUGCAAAAGGCAGAAGGUGGCACAGCUGGUACUGCUUCCUUGCGAUCUCAGCUGAAAAAUCUUGAGUCUGAUCGUAAAAGAUUCUGGGAAAGUUGGUUUAUGAAAGGAGAUACAGCUGGAAUGAUUGCCUAUAUGACUCUUUUUGGAUGUAUAUUACUGGGUUCGUUUAAGCUCUUUGCUUUGCAAUUUACUCAUUCUAGAAUUCCACAUACAACGAAAUCAUAUCAACCUCGCAUUGUUAGUGAAGCUGCUGAUAUUAAAUAUUGCAAACCUGGCUCUAUAGACCUGGGUAUAACUAGUCAAAUGUGGAAGUUCUGGGUAAUGUUGAGCGAAAACUUUCAGAAUAAAAUUAAUUUUGGAAGUUUGCAACAGACAUGGCCAAGUCAGGAUGUUUCAUCCCCUGUUUCAGCUUCUGUUGCAAUAAAUAAGCAGGAAAUGCCAAUCAAGGAAGCAGAAGCACUGGUAAAACAAUGGCAAUAUAUAAAGGCUGAGGCUUUAGGUCCUGAGCAUCAAAUUCAGUUGCUUCCCAGUAUUCUUUCUGGAACCAUGCUUAUGAAGUGGCAAGAUUUAGCCUCGUCGGCAAAAGUCAGAUGCUGUUUUUGGAGGUUUGUCUUAUUACAAACUUCUAUUGUGCGUGCUGAGAUCUUAUCAGACGGAAUUGAUAGUGAGAUUGCCGAGAUUGAGGCUUUGCUUGAGGAAGCUGCUGAGCUUAUUGAUGGUACUGAGGCCAAAACGCCAAGUUAUUACAGCUCAUACAAAGUUUUCUAUAUUUUAAGAAGACAUGAAGAUGGUUCAUGGAAAUUCUGUGAAGGUGGUGUCGAGAAUCAAAUAUGACCCUGCUCAGAUGCAGCUUUUUCUACCGCAAUUUGUAGAUGAGCCUAUUUUAGCUCGAGAUUAAACAUCCAUGCAGGUGGAAAAGUAAUAAGGCACGGAAUUUCGAAGAUUAGUUGAUUUUUUUUUUCUUUUUCACUAUAAUUGUGGAUGUCAUUGUUGCUGAACCAAGACAGAAGUUUCAAUCGUGUGUAUAAAUGGAAACCUUAUUUCUCAGUUGCUAUUGAGUGGUAUUCUCAUGCUAA